CAGGGCAUUCUUGUUAUGUCAAACUUCAAAACAACGAUAAACAGUUUGAAAUCAACGUUUUCGAGGCGGCUGGCACCAUUCUGAAUUUCGAUUCCGAUGAAGUGGGCUUCAGUGCUCGGCGAGCCCGCUAUGUCAGUACCGCGCACGCGCGUCUCACCGCCCGCUGCGACUUUCGGCUUAUUUGCGCGCUGCCAGGCUCAUAUAAAUAAAAUAAAAUCAGAUAAGCUGCUGUGUCACGUUGAGUUUCUGUUUCCUACUUUAUUGUUUGGGGGGAACUCCAGCCUAUUGUUUGUUUGUGAUUUUUUUUUUUUGGAAAAGGACGAGCUCGGGAGGCGUCAGCGCGCUCCCCUCCGACACCAACUUUCAGUUUCUAUUUGAGUGCCGCCUGAGGGUGUCUCGGAUCCACCAUGGCGGAUGCUCCAGUAUAUAAUAAAACGACGACGGCGAAUCCACACAACUCCAGCUCUGCGAAAUUCCUCGAUGUGCCCAACGACCACCUGGAUGUGACGCGGGCGGCGAUCAAAGUGGUCGAAGUGGUCCUGUCCUUCGUGGCCUUCAUCUGCGAGGAAGUCAUCCAGACCUGCGUCAGCUGCGGAGCCCUCUACUUUUUUGAGUUUGUCAGCUGCACGGUUUUCCUCUUCUGCCUCCUGCUUUUGGUUUUGCUCGCCACUACGUUCCAUAAGAAAGUUGGAAUCACCUGCUGGAGGCAAAUCGACUUCUUUUUCACGCUAUUGGCAGCCGUGUUUUUCCUGAUUGCUUCCAUUGUAUUUGCUGCUAACAAUGAAGGCUCAGAAUUGGAGAAAACCGCCAUUGCAUUUGGAUUCUUAUCAGCGUUUGUUUUUUUAAUCGAUUUUGGGCUCAUUAUGAGGAAAGGAAAUCCACUUAAGAAAAGCCAGGAAACUCCAGAUGGAACGACGAAUCAAGACGGAACCGAAAAAGAGCCAAUGAACACAACCGAAAAUGAGAACGUCUAAGCAGGCGCAAGCGGGCUUGGUAUUUCAUAAUGAAUUCCAAAGGAAACAGUAUACAGGAUACAAAACAUUUGUGCAGAAAGUAAACUCUGAAACAAUUUAUAUAUAUAUAUAAUAUAAGAUGUAUGUAUAUAAAUCAAUCAUGGAGAAUUUGUGCCCAGCCCCGUUACAUUUUAAAAAAAUCGAGUUUUAAUGUGAGCGACCAGCUUGUCAAUAAUUAGGCAGCCACUAACAAAGUCUUCUGAACAAACAGCCCAUUUAGCCAAAGCUUUUAAAGACAAAAUAUUUCAAAUUAUGUUUACCAAGAUUUAAGUCUGGAAUUUGACACAAGUGAGCAUAAUUUUAUUUUAAAAUAUACAUACAAAAAAAAAAGGAAUCUAGUUAUACUAACAUAAAUGGGGUCAUCCAGUUUUUAAUUUGUUUGUUUGUUUGUUUGUUUGUUUUUCAUGUGCUCAUCUGGCAUGAAUGUUGUUUUUUUUUUGUAAACAAUAAUGUAAAUCCACUUACAAAUGCUGAAAAUAAACUGACGGUCUACCUUUCGAUUAUACGUGCGGGAGAGCGGCCCACCGCAAGGCACAAAUGGCCAACAUAAUGGCAAACAGACGCAUGAUCGUUGUUGCUAUUCUUUGUAAUUUGUGAAUUUACAAAGGGCUGCCCCGUGAGCUUUAUUUGACUCAUGUCUUGCAAGUGGUUCCAGUUUCUCAAUCUAUGAAUGAGUCUGUCCUUAAUUACCGCGUCUUUCGAUAACCAUGUGAUUCAAUUUCCACGUCUUUCAAUAUCCAAAUCUUUUGAUAACCAUGUGUUUUGAUUUUCGCGUCUUUCGAUAACCAUGUGAUUCGAUUUCCGUUUCUUUCAAUAUCCACGACUUUCGAUAACCAUGUGAUUCGAUUUCCAUGUCUUUCAAUGUGCAUGUCUUUUGAUAACCACAUCUUUUGAUUUCCGCAUCUUUCGAUAAAUAUGUGUUUCAAUACCCACGUCUUUCGAUAUCCAUGUGAUUCGAUUUCUGUGUGUUUCAAUUUCUGCUUCUUUUAAUAUCCAUGUGUUUCAAUUUCCGUGUCUCUUGAUAUCUGUGUCUUUCGAUAUCCACAUUCCAGUCACGUACUGCUACCGCUUGUACCAAUAAGCUUUAAAGCCGCUUGCCUUACCGGCUGUUCGGACAGUUUAGUACCAACUGAGCUCAUGAAUUUCGGACAAGUCUGUCGCCAGGCCAAUCCUUUGAAAUUUAGCAGCUGUGUGGCUGUAGACAUUGCUGGUAUCAAAGCCACUGGUAAAGUUUUGAUUCGGUGGCGACAUCAGACACUGGAACAUUUUGCAGUUCUGUUUGUUUCCUUUUGUGAAUAAAGCCUAAAAGGUAGUUUGGCGUAGACAUCUUUUACAUUUCUUUCGCCCACUGAUGUAACUAAUCCAUUCAGCGUGUUGCUAGUUGAUAGCCUCACAUGUGUUAAGUGGUGGUGAAAAAAUGUAUUGUCAGUCUUUAUUUUCUAAAUGUUGUUAGGUAGACAUAUGCUGUAAAAUUGCUAACCGCAUUCCAAAUACUUUUUAACAGGUAAAGUAACACUGAUGAUUCUGUGUAGGUUAAUAUUUAAGUAAUAUUUUAAUCAAGAGUGGCAUGUAUUAAAAUACAUUUAUGCAGUAUAAGUUAACUAUUAUUUGUAAAAAAGAAAGAAAAAUUAAAAAGUACGCUGUAAACUGUUGCGAGCAUAGGCCUACCCAGGCCUAAUGCUGCUCCAAAAAAGGCUCCAUAACUGCUCACAAUUUGGAAAACUGCAGGCCGUUUGCUUUAAUUUAUUGACUUCCUUUCUGUAGUUGUGAGUAGUGAGGGGUGACAAACAAAUAAUUUGCUCCUUUUGAGGGAAUCUCUACAGUGAAUCAUAUGAACCGUUUCACGCGCUCCAAUGAAUCGAUUACAUGGAGUUCAACCUGAGUGCUGUAACGCGUGCAUGUCCUGCAUGAUGCCAUCAGCGUCUUUCGUUUCACCGACGCUAGUAGAUGUUGACAGCUCGUGAGCAAGAACCGCCUGAAUCGGGAGCCUCGACUCGCUUCACUUAGGAUUCCUUUGAGUUCAAAUUGUAUCGGUGAACGAACACUCGCUCAUUGAUGAUCCUCCCAUCCAUCAUACAAGUACAAAAGAGUAACAACACAUUUAGAAUGUAUUGAUUAUUUUGUAAAAUGCAUUAUUGGAAUUGUUUUAAAAUGAAUAUAUAAAUAAUAUUAGAACUGAUAUGUUUAUUGUUUAUGCUACUUUGUACAUUUAGCAGAUUAAUCACAAAAAACUGAACCUUAUAAAAAUAGAAUUCUAAUUUCUAACAAUUACUCGCUUUCAUCUUUAGCAUACUUUUCUUAUGGUACACUGACUUCGCUGGGCAUGUAUCAUUUUGUGUUUGUUUUGAGUUCGAACUGAA